UUCUCCCCCACAUUUGUUUUUGUUGUUUGCGUGUCUUUAUCGUGUGUUUAUAAUAAUAAUAACAACAAGUGAUUAUUAGAAUUACGGAGAGCAUAACAUAAACAUAUGCUUGGAAGCAAAGUGAUUUUCAGUUUCUGCGAAUAAAAGCAGUUCCUUGCUUUCGAUUUAUCUGAGUUUGGGGUUAAUAUUUUUUGGCCACCUCCCAGUUCCCAGUGUUUGUUACAUAUACCCCGCCCCCGUUCGGCUAUCCCCACUGUCUUCCUUUUAUCCUUGGCGCCACAAUGGUGCGAUGGAGCGCUCGGUCGCGACGUCAAGCGCGCCAGGAUAAAGUGGAGCUAUUGGCCAGCAACAACAAAGUGAGCGGCGAGGACGAUACAUCCGAUAAUGCCGCCUUCCGGAACUCAACGGACCUGACCGACCAUGAUGAAAUUUUCUUGAAGGGAUUACUGCGGAGCAAUCCCAAUACGCCGCACAAGGAACUGAUGCUUAACCCCACGGAGCCACAGCCAGUGCCCCUCUUCCUGCCCGCUCAUCUGAACAAUAAGCCGAUCUGCGACGACAUUAUCCGCAAGUUCUCACCAUCGAGGCGUCUGGAGUCCCGAGAGCUUGCCAAGCUUCUCGCCCAGCCACAUUUUCGUGCCCUUUUGCGUGCCCAUGAUGAGAUAGGACAGCUUUACGAGCAACGUCUGAAAGCUGCCGGCGGCUCCACCACCCAACUAGAGAUCGCCAGUCAACGACAAUCCGGUGGCUAUCUAUACACCGAGGACAUUCUCAGCACCAAGAUGCCAGUGGAGACCAUCAAGAUGGUGGGCCUGCGUCGGGAUCCCAGCAAACCGCUGGGACUGACCGUCGAGCUGGAUGAGUACAAGCAACUGGUGGUGGCCCGAAUCCUCGCCGGCGGUGUUAUUGAUAAGCAGAGCAUGCUGCAUGUUGGUGAUGUCAUCCUGGAGGUGAAUGGCACUCCCGUGCGGAGUCCCGAUGAGCUGCAAGUGGAGGUGUCGCGGGCCAAGGAGAAUCUCACCUUGAAGAUUGGACCCAAUGUCGAUGAGGAGAUCAAGAGCGGUCGCUAUACUGUGAGUGGGGGUCAGGUAAAACAGAAUGGCAUCGCGGGUCUCGAGACGGGCAAGAAACUAACGUGUUAUAUGCGUGCCCUGUUCACAUACAAUCCCUCGGAGGAUACCUUACUGCCCUGCAGGGACAUUGGCUUGCCCUUCAAAUCAGGCGACAUUUUGCAAAUCAUCAAUGUCAAAGAUCCCAAUUGGUGGCAGGCCAAGAAUAUAACCGCAGAGUCUGAUAAAAUCGGUCUAAUUCCAUCCCAAGAGCUCGAGGAGCGACGCAAAGCCUUUGUGGCCCCGGAGGCGGAUUAUGUGCACAAAAUUGGCAUUUGUGGCACAAGGAUCUCGAAAAGGAAGCGGAAGACCAUGUACAGAUCGGUUGCAAAUUGCGAAUUCGACAAGGCGGAACUGUUGCUCUACGAGGAGGUCACCCGGAUGCCGCCAUUCCGCAGGAAAACCCUGGUUCUCAUUGGAGUUUCCGGUGUUGGCCGGCGAACGCUCAAAAAUCGACUUAUCAAUAGCGAUGUGGACAAGUUCGGAGCUGUUAUUCCUCAUACCAGUCGUCCUAAACGAGCCUUGGAGGAAAAUGGCGUAAGCUAUUGGUUCAUGGACCGCGAAGAGAUGGAGGAGGCGGUUAAACAGAAUGAGUUCUUGGAGUAUGGCGAGCACAAUGGCAACCUUUAUGGCACCCACUUGCAGUCCAUCAAGGAUGUGAUCAAUAGCGGAAGGAUGUGCAUUCUGGACUGCGCACCGAAUGCCUUGAAGAUCCUGCACAACAGCCAGGAACUGAUGCCAUUUGUCAUAUUCGUUGCAGCACCGGGAAUGGAGCAGCUCAAGACUAUCUAUGCGGAUCGAAGGGCCACCGGCUCCAAUAGGAAUUUAUCAUUUGAUCGCCAGAGUUCCAUAAGAUUCAGCUCCAGACGUGCCCGUACGCUCGAGUCCCUAGCAUCGCUCUAUGAGGAUGAUGACCUGGUGGCCACCGUCGAGGAGAGCAGCUUUGUUCAGCGCAAAUACGAGAAGUACUUUGACAUGGUCAUCGUCAACGAGGACUUUGAUGAAACGUUCCGUCAGGUGGUGGAAACCCUCGACCAGAUGAGCCACGAGGAGCAGUGGGUGCCCGUUAAUUGGAUCUACUAGAAAAUCAAGAGAGAAUACACUGCUGCAAAAUCUACGAAUAAGCUUUCACAAUUUCGCCUUUUUGCAUAUAGACAAAGAAUAUAUACUUGGAAAAUCUAUCAAAUAAUCAAAGGAAUAUCUCAGUAAUCGAAGCUACAGAAUCCCAGCACUAUGCAGAAUAAAUACAAGGAGCACUACCAGAAUCAGUAUAUUGUUAAUUGCUAAAUAACAAUUGCCGACAUUUUCCCUCUUGAAAUGUAAUCAAUUUAUGUAAUGUAUAUAUGCAAUUUUUGUUGUAUAAUUUAAAAUGUGUGCCCUCCGUUUGCGAUUAUUCAGUUUUUCCCCCUUAAGUCUAAGCCUAUUUUUACGAAACGAAUUCGUCCAUUUGGCAAUCUCUUAUUGUUUAUUUAUAUACAAAAACAAUCUACGUUUAUGUGUCGAUGCAUAUCUAUUUUCAGUUUUGUAAUCUUAACGAAUCUCCUCAGUACAACAAUCCUUUCUGCCAAUAAAUAUUUCAUAUAGUUUUUAGAUUUGUUUACCGAACCUAGUUAAAAUAUUGACGUGUAUUAAAAAAAUGAAGAUAUAAAUAAAAG